GUAAAUGGUCUCAAACCGAGCCUCCUGGUGCCCACCUGUGUAGAAGCCCUCAUCCGGGAGGACUCGUGUUUCACAUCUACUACUCAUGCAUUCUUAGUCACAGCCCAUGCUGCAUUCUGAGUAGCCUCUUGGGUCUUUCAGCCAUUGGUUCACUAUACAAGGCCUGGCUGGCUACUCUGGGACACUUGCUGAACAUCUUUAAUGGACCUCAGCAAGUCUGGGAGUCUCCAGGCAAAGAUCUAAAGAAGGAGAAAUGCUGGGUGGCAUCUGUAGACCUCUUACAAUUAAGACUUCAUUCGAUCAGACUUGUCCCAUUGGAGGUGUGUAUAUAAAGCCAGGUUGAGGGCUACAGUCUGUGAGUAUCGUGACUGAGAUAUUCAGGAACCUGGGAUGUCCAAAGUCAAGGCUGCACCCCCACCAGGGUGCAUAAUUAACAUCAACGACCCUCAAGUUCAAGAGGCAGCUAUACGCAUCCAGGCUUCAUAUCGGGGCCAUCGGUCAAGAAAAGAGCUACGUGAGAAAGGGCCACCAACAUUUCUGCAGGAGCUAAAAGACGUGCUCCUGGUGGAAGGAAGUGCCGCAAAGUUGGAGUGCCGAGUCAGUGCUUUCCCUGACCCCUUCAUCGUCUGGUCAAAAGACGGCAAAGAGCUUAAAGAUGGACCUAAGUACCGCUACGUGUUUGAGGAAACUGAUGUUGUGGCACUAGUGGUGCGUGAUGGAGAGUUAGCAGAUCUGGGCAGAUACACUGUUACCAUUAAAAACCCCUUUGGUCAGACAUCCGGCUCUGCUUGCAUCAUAGUGGAGGUCCCAGCUAAGGUGACCAAGGGACCAGACAGUGUGAAAGGCAGGAGAGGGACCACUGUUGUGCUGAAGGCGGAGAUCAGUGGGGAACCGCCCCCUGAUGUCGGCUGGCUCAAGGAUGGAGAAGAUAUAGAGGAAGAUGACAGGGUGUUUUUUGACGUAGGUGACACUGACACCAUUCUCACGAUCAAAAGUGCACGGGCAUCAGAUUCAGGAAAGUAUGAGGUGUUCGUGGAGAAUAACUUGGGAACGGAUCAGUCCUUUGCUCGAGUGGACAUUAUGUGAGAAACUCACACUGUUACACCAAACUGCAAGGUUCUUUG